AUGGUUGGGAAGGAUUUUAUUGGUGGAAUUAUGAAUCCAGGAGUUGCAAUACAUGAAUCAUCGGCAUCGGACGACUUGAUUCUCCGUGUGAACAAUUUUUCUGGGGUUCUUGAUACACUUAAGGGGCGUAAGAUUGGUGAUGAUCUAUCGUCAGCGGAAGUUUUAAAGGAGGAUAUUUCGGUUGAGGAAGGACCAGUAGAGAUGGAAUUGCAAAAGAAUAAGAGUAAUGAGAACAAUGUCGAAUUUUUAGAAGAUGGAAUUACUGUGAAGCUUAAUGCUGAUAUGGAAGCAAGGAAUUCACAGAUUUUAAAGAAUUCAGUGGUGAUCAAAGUGCUGGGUAACAAUGUGCCUUUCUCGUCGAGUGAAGUGGUUGAUGAAGUCUUGAAUGGAGGACCCUGGUACGUAAACGGAUUUAUUGUUGGAAUGGAUAGGUGGUCGGCUGCAUUUGAUCCAAACACGUUUAAAGGAAUCUCGGCACCAGUAUGGGUUAGAUUUCCAUGUCUAUUGUUGUAUUGUUGGGAUGAGGACAAUAUCGCAAGGAUUGCAUCUUGCUUGGGAACGCCAAUGUAUAUCGAUGGCAAUACAUUCCGUUGGAGCAAACAGGAAUUUGUUCGAGUUUGUGUAAGGAUUGAUCUGGAGAAAAAGCUACUGAAUGGUGUGUGGGUGGAUGGCUCUGGUGGAAGGUUCUUUCAACGGGUUGAAUACGAGAAAAUUGAUAUACUCUGUUAUCAGUGUGGUAGAGUCGGCCAAAACAGAGAGAUAUGCCCAGAAAAUUUAUCCAUUGAAAUACAAAAUCAGUCUUUGAAGGAGAAGGAGGUUGGUAACGAAAUUGGUGAGAAGAAUGUGCAGGAAAUUAAAUCUUCAGUGAUUAGUUCUGAAUAUGGACCCUGGAUCCACGUUCACUUCAAUGACAGGAGAUACAACAGGGGAAAUGUUGUUAGGAAGGGGCUGAAUGAUGCUAGACUCGACAACUCUUUCAGGGAAGAUAACAGUCGGAAGAAUAAUGCAAAGGUUGAUAGAGAAAUUAUGGUAAAUAAGAAGGAUAUUGUGGAAGUUAAUGAUGUCCUGGCUCCAGAUAGUAGGGAUGUACAUAGAAAGUCUUUUGGAAAGGAGAACUCGAAAACUGCUAUUACCAACAGUGAAUUGGGUAUUUCUAGUGCUGCUGUCAAGGUGAAGUUGGCUAAAGAGUUAAAAUCACUUGGACCUGUGAAUGUGGAACAUAAGAAGAAAAAGAGGGGGGCAAGGAAAAAAGAAGACUCCUUAUAUUUGAAGGAAAUCGUUAGAGAUCAUAGUAUCUAUUUUAUUGGGCUUAUGGAGACGAAGUUGGCUAGCAUUGACAGAAAAUACAUUGAUUACUUGAUUGGGAAAGAUUGGGAGUACUAUCAUCACCCUGCUGAGGGUACUUCAGGAGGCAUUAUGGUUCUAUGGAAUAGGAAUAUGGUGUCUUUUGAUAUAAGGGAGACAUCUUCACAGGAGGAGAAGAGAGGAGGCAAAAGGUUCUUGUUCUCUAAAGGACCUAGGGAGAUGAAACGUUUUAUGGUGAAUUCCGAUUUCCAUGACAUUGGUAGUAUGGGACCAAGAGUAGCAUCGGAUCACAGUCCAAUUGUGCUAAGUAUGAAGGAUAAAAUUUGUGGCGAGAAUAAAGUGUUUAAGUUUGAGGACACUUGGAGAUCCUACCCAGCUGCAAAGAGUAUUGUCUAUAACUCUUGGAUGAAGAAUGAUUAUGGUGAUGAAUAUAGUAUACUCCAAAGGAAGCUCAAACGUACGAUGAAGGCAUUGUUUUUUUGGAAUAGGAAUAAAUGCAAGAACUUGAAUGUAUUGAAGGAAACCUUGAAGAAAGAAAUUCUUGAUCUUCAAAAUAGAGAAGCUUGUGAAGUUAACUGGAAUGCUGAUGAUCUUGUUUUGCUAAGGAACAAAGUGCAUGAAUUAAAUGUAACUUUGAGGUGGUUGUCUACUUGGUGGAAUCAAAGGGCUAAAGUGAAAUGGCAUGAGGAUGGUGAUAUCAAUUCGAGUAUUUUUUUCAGAAUUUUGCAUAAGCUAGAUCAAUGGAAUUGUAUUUUGACGAGAUGGCCAUCUGUUGAAGAAAUUCAAAAAGUUAAUAAUGAGGAUUUGGCCAUGCUUAAUGAGGAAUUAUCAGUCCAGGAAUUGCAGAUCUCGGUUUUCCAGCAAGGUUAUAACAAAGCACCAGGUAUUGAUGGAGUUACUUCAUCGUUUUAUAAAAGCUAUUGGAGUAUAGUUUGGGAGGUUUUGUGGAAUGCAGUUAAUUGUUUUUUCAAAACUGGUAUCUUAAAUAGAGAAUGGAAGAAUACUUUAAUUACUUUGAUCUCUAAAGUAAAAUAUCCUUUGCUUCCAUCAAAUUAUAGGCCUAUUAGCCUAUGUCAGACCAACUAUAAAAUUGUGGCUAGCAUGUUAGUUAACAGAUUAAAGAAGGUGAUUGACAAGAUGGUGUAUGAAGAACAAGCAGCCUUUAUUCCCGGUAGAUCCAUUUCUGUGCAUUGUCUUUUGGCUCAGGAAAUUUUCCAUAAGUUCAAGUUAUCCAAUAAUCGAAAUGGAUUGAUGGCUCUUAAAUUGGAUAUGGAACAGGCCUAUGAUAGUAUGGGCUGGUCAACACUUCAUCAGGUGCUUAAGUGGUAUGGUAUUCCUACUCUGUUUUCUAACCUCCUUAUGGAAUGUGUUGUAGAUGUGAGGUUUUCUAUCAUUAUCAAUGGAAGAAACUCCAAUUGGAUUUGUGCUAAAAGUGGUUUCCGUCAAGGAUGCCCUCUUUCUCCGUAUCUAUUCAUUCUGUGCUCACAACUCUUAUCCAAUUCUUUGGAACAAAGGGGGAAAAAUCUUGGUAUUCAUAUAUCACCUAGAGGUCCAAGAAUCUCGCAUCUUCUUUAUGCAGAUGAUGUAUUGAUUUUAUCGCAUGUUUCUACUACUCUAGCCAAAGAAUUGAAGAAUAUUGUGGAGGAUUUUUGCAAAUGGACAGGACAACGAGUCAACAUCAACAAAUCACAAGUUUUAUUUGGCAAGAUGGUGAGCUACUCUCUAAAGAAGAAGAUUACCAGGAUUAUUGGUUUUAAGGAGGUCAAGGAGAUGAAGUAUUUAGGGGUCAAGAUCUCACUUAGAAGAAACAAAGUGUCAUAUUUUCAAGAACUAUUGAGUAUGGUCAUGGACAAACUCAAUUCGUGGGGUAAGAAAUCUUUAUCAAUGGGAGGUAAGAUUACUCUCAUUGAAACUUCCUUACUUUCUAUGUCCAAUUUCUUAAUCACUCACUCUUUGGUUUCAAAAAGAGUUUUGUAUGAGAUAGAAAAACUUUGUAGAAAUUUUUUGUGGCAUAAGAGUGAUGGGUCUAAAUGUAUGCACUAUGUUGCUUGGAGUGAAAUUUGCAAGCCGAGAAGUAUGGGUGGAUUGGGGUUGCAAUCUCCUUUAUUGAGAAUUGGUGCUUUGAGAUCUAGAUUGGCUUGGAAUUUCAUUCAAAAAAAGGACUCUUUGUUACACCGAACUAUGAAAGCAAAAUAUGGAGAUGAAAUUAUGAAGGAUGAUCAUAAGGCAAUCACAUCUACUGCUUGGAAGAUUUUGCUGGAUGGGAGCAAAAAUUUGAAGAAGGCUAUUAGGUGGAAGGUGGGAAAGGGAAAUAAAAUUAGUGUUUUAAAUGAUGCUUGGUUGCUGGACAAAAGCAUCAAUCGGUGGCCAACUUAUGUGGACUAUAAUGUGUUGGAAGGAAUGUUUGUUCAGCAGCUUUUAACUUCUGAUGGUGAUUGGAAUUUUGAAUUGCUUCGUAGGGCAUUUCACUCAGAGCUAAUUCUAUUGAUUGUUCAAGUCCUAACUAAGGUUAUGGAGGAGGAAAAUAUAGAAUUGCUGAAGUGGUGUUCAGGGAAAACAGUUUAUGCACCUGUUUAUGAACAAAUGCUGAAUGACAGAUAUAAUUUUGUUGAUGUAGAAUACUUCAAAUGGCUGCGGAAGCUCAAACUCAGUAAAAAGGUUGAAAUUUUUUGGUGGAGGUUAGGCAAGGCUUCAAUCCCAACUAACCUAUUUCUUAAGAACCAUAAAAUCUCAUUGCUGGAUAGUUGUGAGAGAGGAUGCCAAGAGGUGGAGUCUUAUGAACAUAUUAUGGUUCAUUGUAAAUAUAUGGUGGAGAUCAUCAAGAAGAUACAAGAAUGGGGUAUUAUGAUCCCUGUUUUUAAUUCUUUGGAGGAAUGUCUUCAUGAACUUAAAAGGCUUUCUACGUCCAAUUCUGGAAUUGCAAAAGUGUAUUGCUCGGUCAUUUACCUAUCUUGGAAGAACAGAAAUUAUGUGAAGCAUUGUAAGGAGGCAUUGCCUGCGUCCUUGGGUGCUUCCAAUGCAUUGUUUUUAGCUGUUUUGAUGUCUACUCCUUAUCUUUCUAGCUGGGGUACUAACCUCCUUAGGGAGUCUUCAAACAAUUGGUGCCCUCCACCGAAAGAAUGGAUUAAGAUCAACCUAGAUGCUUCUUUACUUACUUCAAAUCUUGGAGGUAUUGGUGGGAUUUUUUGA